UUCCUUGCACCAGUAAACUAAGACUAGAAAAUAACAGCUCCUCCUCUCCUCUUGUUUUAUGUCUCUGCUUCCAAAGCCUGGGAUUCUCUUGUUUUUUUGAAGUUAAGAGCUUUCUAAUUUGCAUAGUUUUGAAAGAUUGAAGCUUUCGCUCAAAUGGCUAUUUUCCUGCUGUUUUUGCUUGUCUGGGCUGUUUCGGGCGAUGAAGAAGCCUUUAUCGGUGUGAACAUUGGUACGGACCUGUCCGACAUGCCCAGCCCUACUCAAGUGGUGGCCCUUCUCGAAUCUCAGAAUGUCCGACAUGUGAGGCUUUACGAUGCUGAUCGAGCUAUGCUUCUCGCACUUGCCAACACAGGCAUCCAAGUGACCGUGUCCGUCCCCAAUGAGCUGCUCCUUGGUAUCGGUCAAUCGAAUGCCACUGCGGCCAACUGGGUGGCUCGUAAUAUUAUAUCCCAUGUCCCUGCAACCAACAUAACGGCAAUAGCCGUCGGAUCGGAAGUGUUAACCGCGCUCCCGAAUGCUGCUCCGGUCCUAGUUUCUGCCUUAAAGUUCAUCCACUCUGCCCUCGUCGCUUCUAAUCUCGACAGCCAAAUCAAAGUCUCCACUCCGCAUUCGUCUUCGAUUAUUCUGGACUCAUUUCCACCUUCUCAAGCCUUUUUUAACCGGUCAUGGGAUCCCGUCAUGGUCCCGUUGCUAAAGUUUUUGCAGUCUACCGGGUCAUACCUUAUGCUCAACGUAUAUCCGUAUUAUGAUUACAUGCAAUCGAAUGGCGUGAUCCCGUUGGACUAUGCGCUUUUCCGGCCUCUCCCUCCAAACAAAGAAGCCGUGGAUGCUAACACACUCCUGCAUUACACUAAUGUCUUUGACGCUAUUGUUGAUGCAUCAUAUUUCUCGAUGUCUUAUUUAAACAUCACCAACGUUCCGAUUGUAGUAACAGAGUCCGGAUGGCCUUCUAAGGGUGAUUCGUCCGAGACCGAUGCUACUGUUGACAAUGCUAAUACAUACAACAGUAACUUGAUCAAGCAUGUAAUUAACAACACCGGGACGCCUAAACACCCCGGGAUCGCAGUUAGUACUUAUAUUUAUGAACUUUACAAUGAGGAUUUGGUACCUGGACCAGCCACAGAACAGAACUGGGGGCUGUUUGAUGCCAAUGGAGUACCGGUUUAUAUUUUACACUUGACAGGUGCUGGUACUGUUUUCGCAAACGACACGACGAAUCAAACUUUUUGUGUUGCAAAGGAGGGUGCCGAUCCAAAGAUGUUACAAGCGGCUCUUGAUUGGGCAUGUGGUCCAGGAAAAGUCGAUUGCUCGCCUUUGUUGCAGGGGCGGCCGUGUUACGAGCCUGAUAACGUGGUUUCCCAUUCGUCCUAUGCUUUCAAUGCAUAUUUCCAGCGGAUGGGGAAGUCCAUCGGAACCUGUGAUUUCAAGGGGGUGGCUACCAUCACUACAACUGAUCCAAGUCACGGUUCAUGUGUAUUUCCCGGAAGUUUCGGAAAAAACGGCACCAUAACUAACGGCACAUCACUGGCUCCUUCAUCGAAUGACACUAAUUCGGGCUAUCCACCCCAGUAUUUCUAUGGUAGUGGUUCACUCACAACCUCUGUGAUAAUAAUAGGCAUUUGCGUUUUCCAUAUGGCCACUGUUUUCUUGUAGUACUUGGUUGUAGUACUCCUUUAGGUUAUGACAGCAUUCAAACGAUUCGAAAUUUUCGGAAUCCAUCUCUGGAAUAUUUGCAGCGAACCCG